UUACAGCAAACCACAACGCAACAGUUGGAGCAGCGGAUCUGUACUGCCACCAACCACUCGAGCUCGAAACCGCACGAGACAACUCCAAAGUUCGAUGGGCAACAGAUCUUAUGCGACUCGACGAAGACGGCCCGAUUCCAUGGUUCCGCAAGUUCGAGCUCACGUUGCAAGUACACUACGUCAGCGAGCACAAGCAUCACGCAUACUUAUACUCCCGCUUGGGGGGUGCGUGCCAAGCAUGGCCGGACAAUCUCGUAUCCAACUAUGAAGUGGUGACUGCCGACUUACAUACCAAGAUCAGCUUGGGGGAUCUAAAGGCGGUGUGUCAUAAGCGGUUCCAAGUAGAGCCGCCGGAGAUCAAGGCAAUGGACAAGCUGAUGGUCUUCGAACAAGGCACACUGCCGAGUAUUGAUUGGAUUCCCGAGUACCAACGCUUGACAUCUGUCCCAGACAUCCAAAUGGGCUUCAAAGCCAUCAAACACUACUUCAUCUCGAGGUCUUGUCCGGCGUUGGGCAAUGCCUUGACUCACGUCGAGGACACCCUGACGACACCAGCAAAACUCUUCGACAAGGCCGCGCAAAUUAUUGCCAUGAACAAGGAGACCAGGAAUCCCCAGCGUUCGUCUGCGCCAGGCCUGAGCAGAGAUCAGCAUCGACCGAAAGUGGUCGUGGUCGCGGCGCCAACGCCAAACGACCAAACUAGCGAGGUCGUGUUUGCCAAUGAAGGGGACAGACUCUGGUUCUUCACGGGAUUCGGCGCGCGUAAGUUCAACAUAGAGGUAUUGGACCCGCUCAUGUCCGAGGAUUUCGCAUGGCUUCCUCUCCCCAUCACGGGCCGCUUGCCGGUACCGCAAUGCGCAACAUUAUACGCUCAUCUUCACACGUACUUAUCCUUCUAUGCACCACCAACUUCGCCGACGGAUGACGAAGUCGCGGUGGGGGACAUCCUUGCGUAUGUUACCAAGGUGGCCCGCGAGUUUCACAAGCAGCGGUACGAUGACAACAACGCACCGCUCCUCUAUGUCCGCAUCCAAGUUGGGCAAGCGUCCUGCAGCGCUUUGUUGGAUAGCGGCGCGUCUCACAAUUUUAUGAGCCAAGCCUUUAUGCAAAAGGUUGGCCUUGGCGCACAAGUUCGAAGGAAGGCAAACCCGACGGCGAUCAAGUUGGCAGACGGAAGGACGCAGCAGCUUAUCGACCGCUACAUCGAGGCCGUACCGGUAAUUUUUUAUGAGUCUGAUAAGAAAUUUAAAGUUCCCAAAAUGUCCGAAUGGAAAGAUGUCCGAGUGGUCGAUGGUGUAGUAUUGGAAAUGCUAUGUAAACUUUACACGGUCAACUUCCACCGGCGGACUCUUACCGUUCGUGACACCCUCGGUGCUGAAGUGUCGUGUACUAUUCCUCUUCCGCACCCUUCGAUUCGGUGCCAAGUGGUGACGACCAAAUCAUUUCGGGCUACUUGUGCUUACGAUCAGCCCGACGAAAUCGACCUAUGCUUCCUACGGACCGUCGCGGUAGCCGACUCUUCACCCACGGACUUGUCUUCGGACCCCCAUGUGGUGCGGUUGCUUGACGAGUUUGUCGACAUCUUCGAGUCACCUACCGGUGUGGUGCCGGAUCGGCCGAUCUCUCACGAGAUCAUUCUCGAGGUCGGUGCCGUGCCGCCGAAAGGUUGCAUUUAUCGCAUGAGCGAGGAGGAGCUUACGGUCCUCCACGCGCAACUCGAUGAUUUGUUGGACAAGGGCUGGAUUCGCCCUAGUAACUCUCCAUACGGAGCUCGAGUUCUCUUCGUACGGAAGAAGAACAAAGAUCUACGAUUGUGCAUUGACUACCGCAAGCUCAACGCGCAAACCGUCAAGAAUAUGGGGCCUCUUCCCCGAAUCGACGAUCUUCUUGAGCGAUUGGGCGGCGCAAAGUAUUUUUCUAAGUUGGGAUACCAUCGGAUUUCGAUCCGGCCGAACGAUCGCUACAAAUCCGUGUUCAAGACGUGGUACGAGCAUUUUGAGUGGGUGGUCAUGCCUUUUGGCCUCACCAACGCCCCGACGACAUUUCAAGCGGCAAUGACCAACGACUUUCGUAUGAUGUUGGACCGGUUCAUGCUGGUCUACGUAGACGACAUUCUCGUCUAUAGCCGGUCAUUGGAGGAUCAUCUUGUGCACCUUCAACGAGUGUUGGAGACACUCCGCCGCGCCAAGUACAAGGCCAACCGCGACAAGUGCGAAUUUGUCCGGCAAGAGCUGGAAUACUUGGGCCAUUUUAUCACACCGGAGGGCAUCAGUCCGCUAUCGGACAAGAUGCAAGCCAUCCAAGAGUGGCCGCGUCCGCGGAACGUCACGGAUGUCCGUUCGUUCCUUGGCCUUGCCGGCUACUACCAAUGUUUUAUCAAGGAAUCCUCAAAGAUUGCGGCCCACUUGUCCAAGCUUCAAUGCGAGGAUCGGCCGUUUGACUUCGGGGAGGAUGCGCGGGAAUCAUUUUUGGCUCUCAAAGUGGCGCUAUUAUCUGCGGAGGUCUUGCACAUAUACGACCCACUAUUGUCAACGCGCGUCACUACGGAUGCAUCCAGCUAUGGCAUUGGUGCCGUCCUCGAGCAACACGAUGGAAUGGACUGGCACCCGGUCGAGUACUUCAGCAAGAAAGUGCCCGUCGUGCACUCCAUUGACGAUGCAUGCAAAAAGGAGCUCCUAGCCUUCAUCCACGCGCUCAAGCGGUGGCGGCACUUCCUCCUUGGUCGAAGCCAAUUUCGAUGGGUAACGGACAACAAUCUGUUGGUCUUCUACAAGACCCAAGACACCGCCAAUAGCACCAUCGCCCGAUGGAUGGCUUUCAUCGAUCAAUUUGACUUUUUUCCCGAUCAUAUUCCGGGGAAGUCAAACCGUUUUGCGGAUGCUCUUUCACGACGUUCGGAUCAUUGUACCGCAGUCUACUCGACCUUUGAGAUCGGCGACGACCUGCGGGACAGUCUCAUCCGCGGCUACCAAGCCGACCUCGAGUUUCGUGACAAGUACACGAAUUGCUCCUCUCCUAAUCCGGCGCCUUCUCACUACCCGAUCCAAGAGGGGUACUUGCUUGUCCACACGCGGGGGAAGGACCUUCUUCGCGUAUCGAGUGACUCUCACUUGCGUACACGGCUUCUUGGCGAGUUCCACGAUGCUCCCGCCACCGAACACUUUGGAGUCAAUCGCACGAUUGGUCGACUUUGCGAGCAAUUUUGUUGGUCCGACCUUCUCGACGACGUCACACGCUAUUGCGAGUCAUGCGAGGUUUGCCGACGCUGCAAAUCCCGCAACCAUCGUCCGUACGGCGAGUUGCGACCGCUACCGGUCCCCUUGCGCCGAAGGGAAGCGAUUGCCAUGGACAUUACUGGGCCGUUCCCCAAGCACAAGAUCGGUGUGGAUGGGAUUCUCACCGUGGUCGACCGACUCACCAAGUUUGCCAUGUUUUUGCCUUACCGCUAUCAUGCCAAGGCACCGGAGUUGGCCAAGGUUCUUUACCCCGGUUGGAUUCGAACCAAGUGUCACCCCAAGGAAAUCGUCUGUGACCGCGACACUCGGUUCAUGUCCGAUUUUUGGUUGGCGCUCAUCAAACGAUGGGGCUCAUCUCUCAAGCCAAGUUCGGCCCUCCACCCCCAAACCGAUGGCCAAACGGAGAGGGCGCAUCAGACCGCAGAGGUUCUCCUUCGCACUCUCAUACGUCCCGACCAAAAGGAUUGGGUUGAGCGGCUGCCGGAUGUCGAGUUGGCAUACAACUCGUCCAUCCACCCGACUAUCAUUAUGUCGCCCUUCGAGUUCGAGCACGACUCGCCGGUCACUUCGUCGUUCGACACAAUCAUUCCACGAACGGCCGAGAGCGACGACCAUCUUCUUUUCUUGCGUCGGAUGCAGGAGCUACUUGUCAAGGCACGCGACCAGAUGGCCAAGACGCAACAACGCAUGAGCCAACAGGCCAAUCGCCAGCGUCUUCCUUGCCCAUUCCGCGUCGGCGAUCUCGUUUGGGUUUCCGUCGCGGAAUUCAGCCUUGAACAAGAUAUCUCUCGCAAGCUCCUUCCGAAAUGGAUGGGGCCCUGGCCGAUCGUGGCACCCGCUGGGGAUGCACCCGAGGGACCUUCCUUCACUAUCCAGGUGCCCGCCCACUUGCCCGUCGACCCGGUCUUUCAUUGCUCCAAGCUGACUCUUUACACACCAGUGGACCAUGACGAUUUUCCCGAGCAACGAUCGCAAGACCCACCCUCUAUGGACGGUUUUCAAGAGGUCGGCAACAUCAUCUCCCAGCGGCGCUACGGCAAUAGGCCAACCGAGUACUUGGUACACUUUGUGUACUGCAGGCACAGAGUUGACCGUUGGUUGACCCGUGCGGAACUCCAAGCAACAACUCCGGAUGUUCUCGCACGCUACGAACGCAAGAUGCAAGGCAAGCCGGUAUCUUCGGCUCCACGUCGCACCCGCAUCCACGUUCCAACUUCAGAUUGUCAGCUUCGCCCUCACCCCGGCUUGACUUCAUAAGGAGGGGGGUGUGUUACAUGCUGCGCUUGCAACAGGUUGCACGGGCCCCCUUUCAGGCCCGUGACGUUUUCAGGCCAAAAGCCUGAAAACAAGGGCCUACAGGCCCUGUGUGGUUUCAGUCUAAAUCAGGGCCUUUCCGACCCUGAGUAUUUUCAGCCUGAAACUGAGGGCCGUUUUCAGGCCCUCAUCAGUCCGACCCGCCCUGAGACUCAGGCAACAAACCAGGGGUUUUUAG